UAUGAUUACUAGCUUCGCGACCCUUUUAGCCUUUUUUUUAGGGGUCUGGUGGGAAUGUGGUGCGCGCUCAGCGAAUGGAAGGUGUUCCAGGCAACCAUUUUUAAUCUGGUUAGGGCAACGGGCAAUCACACCCAUCCGCUAGUUCCGUACAACCACCCAGUCAAAUGAUACCUAGACCUCCAGGUCACGAAUUUAAGUAAGUAUUGGAGCCAGCUCAUGGAUUUUUCUCUAUUGCUCCUGGUGGUAUUGCAAUUUUGCACGUACACUUGACGUCUACCACUUAAUAGUAAUGGUCGUCCGACUGCACUAAACGCACCCUAGCCAAAUGGACCCCACUUAACGACCUGGUCUUACAUCGCUCCGCCACCUUUUCUCCGUUUGAUCUGGGGCUGGGAUUGGAAUUGGAGUCUAUUCGAGAAAUCUUAAACUUCUUCUCGUCGGAGAAAUACCAUGGGAAACGAAAGAGGUGAAAUGACAUACCAAGAACUCAAUGGCGGCAAAAAGCCGACAUGGAAUAUCACCUUAGAUAUUCUAUCCUGGGUCUUCUGGUCAAAUCUCACCGUCUUGUUCAAUAAAUGGAUCUUAGACUCGACGGAAUUCAGAUACCCAAUCCUUCUCACGACAUGGCAUCUUAUAUUCGCUACCGUGGUCACGCAAGUUCUGGCGCGGACAACGACAUUGCUGGAUAGCCGUAAGAACAUCGAGAUGAAUAGCCGAAUGUAUGCACGCACGAUGGUUCCUAUUGGCCUCCUAUAUAGCGGCAGCCUGGUCUUUGGGAAUAUCGUCUACCUCUACCUCAACAUUUCAUUCAUUCAAAUGCUAAAGGCCGCCGGACCAGUCGUCACCCUCCUCGUCAGCUGGUCAUGGGGAGUAGCAACACCCUCAAUGGAGGUACUGAUAAACAUCCUAAUCAUCACAUGCAGCGUGGGCCUUGCCGUAUCAGGUGAAAUCCAAUUCUCAUUACUCGGCAUCUUUUACCAAAUGGCCAGUCUCGUCUGCGACGCAAACCGUCUCGUAAUGAUGCAAAUCUUGCUCUCUGACGAUGGCCAGAAAAUGGACCCGCUCGUCAGUCUCUAUUAUACGGCGCCGGUUUGCGCCGUCAUGAACUCCAUAAUUGCCUGGAAUACAGAGCUCAGGGAUUUCCACUGGAGUGUUGUCCCCAACACGGGGUAUUUGACAUUGUUGUCGAAUGCUGUAGUGGGAUUCAUGCUGAACGUUUCGAUCUUUGUUCUUGUGAGUCACCCGGUCCAGCGCAUGCAAACAACAGGCUAAUAAUAUGUUCAGAUCGGAAAGACAUCCGGACUGACGACAACACUUGUCAGUAUUCCGAAGAAUAUUCUACUUAUCAUUGCCUCAGUUGUGCUUUGGCACACGCAGGUGAGCACCAUUCAGAUCGUGGGAUAUUCGAUUGCUUUGCUUGGAUUGGUGUACUAUUCACUUGGGUGGAAGGCGAUCAAAACUGGUAUAGAGAACCUUAAGGCAUGGCGGAAGGAUCCUGCAGGGAAUAUAUAUUCGGAUAAAGUUUAAUUAUAUGAUUUUAUGCAAUCAAAGCGAAUGCAUGCGGCGUUUUGGGCGAACUGGAGUAUAUAUAGCUGUGUGUUAUGUCAGCAGGGUUGAGAU